GUGCCUUUGUUAUAUAGAAACCAUGGUGGUAUUGAAGAGUCCUUACUUUUCAUAGUUUCCUCCCUCAACCAUAUACUUGUAGAACCAACAUAAAACAAUAAGCAGAGAAAAAAAAAGGAGUGAAAGGGUGGCAUAUAUAGCAUAUGUCUUAUAUCAUUUUGAACUAGAUUCCUACCUCUGGCUUCACACCAUCCACACAUGGCUGUAGAAGUGAAAAAGAAGACUUCAAGAGCAGCAGCAACAGCAAUAUGGGUGGUCACGUGGAGCCUUAUUAUGAUCUACAACGUUACUUUAGCAGAAAGAGUUUUGAAAGACCAAAAAUCAGAAAAAAUUGUUGUAAAAGAAAGAGGAGGAGUUAUAAUUAGAGUAGUUGAUUUCUUCUGGCAGAGUGGACAGUCUUCCUAUGAACGUGUUUGGCCUGAAAUGAAGUUUGGUUGGAGAAUUACAGUAGGAUCAAUCGUUGGAUUUUUUGGAGCAGCUUUGGGAAGUGUUGGCGGGGUAGGCGGUGGUGGAAUUUUUGUCCCUAUGCUCACUUUGAUCAUUGGUUUUGAUCCAAAGUCUUCUACAGCCAUUUCUAAAUGUAUGAUCAUGGGAGCAGCUGGGUCAACUGUGUACUACAAUCUGAGGCUAAGACACCCAACACUAGACAUACCACUUAUAGAUUAUGAUCUGGCUUUGCUCUUCCAGCCUAUGCUAAUGUUAGGAGUAAGCAUUGGUGUUGCAUUUAAUGUUAUGUUUGCAGAUUGGAUGGUGACGGUUUUGCUUAUCAUCCUAUUCAUUGCUACAUCCACAAAAGCUUUAUUCAAAGGCAUAGAUACAUGGAAAAAGGAAACAAUAAUGAAAAAGGAAGCAGCCAAGCUGUUGGAAUCAGAUUCUAAUCCUGGCUAUGCUUCUGAAGAAGACUACAAAUCACUACCAAGUGAUUCAGUUGAUCAACGAGAUGAGGAGGUCCCUUUACUAAAGAACAUUUACUGGAAAGAAUUAUUACUCCUUGUGUAUGUCUGGGUGGCUUUUCUCGUUGUUCAGAUUAUUAAGACAUACAGCAAAACUUGCUCCAUCCAGUACUGGGUUCUUAAUUCCUUGCAGGUGCCUAUUGCGAUCUCAGUUACACUUUAUGAAGCCAUAUGCUUAUACAAAGGAACUAGAGUGAUUGCAUCAAAUGGAAAGGAAAUCACAGAUUGGAAGUUUCAUAAGAUCUGUCUUUACUGUUCUUGUGGAAUAAUAGCUGGUAUUGUUAGUGGACUGCUUGGUCUAGGAGGUGGCUUCAUUUUGGGACCACUCUUUCUGGAAUUGGGAAUUCCUCCUCAGGUAGUUAGUGCUACAUCAACUUUUGCUAUGGUUUUCUCUUCCUCCAUGUCAGUGGUACAAUAUUACCUUCUAGAUCGUUUCCCUGUACCUUAUGCUGCUUACUUUGUUCUGGUUGCAACCAUAGCUGCAUUAACUGGCCAGCAUGUGGUGAGAAAAAUAGUUGCUAUCCUUGGUCGAGCAUCCAUCAUUAUCUUCAUUCUAGCAUUCACCAUUUUUGUGAGCGCAAUCAGUUUAGGUGGGGUGGGAAUAGAGAAUAUACUUGAGAAGAUGGAAAAUGAAGUGUAUAUGGGUUUUGAAAAUAUCUGCCAUCAAUCUUAGGUGUGUUUUGCCUUUAUAGACUGGUGAUAUGGUUUACCAAUUUGUCCAUUUUCAUUCAAACAAAGAAAAUAUAAAUAUAUUUAAAUUUUACCAUAUGAUGUAUUCCUUGUAGAAGUCUCUAUACAAUGGCUGCACCAUAUUCUUUGCCAUCUCAAUAUUGAUAUGUGUUUUCACUUUGGUUUCUCAAGAAUUUUCAGUUGAUUAAAUGUCAACAAACAAACA